AUGGAGAGCAGUGGAGGGGAUGAUCAAGGCUCUGGAUGGAUGCAAGUCAAAAAGAAAUAUAGAAGCAAAUCAAAAUUCCCACAGCAUGGUUUGGUUGGAGGACUCUCUGGAAAACAAAAUUCUACUCAUAUGAACACCCAGCUUCCAUCGGGCGUAAACCACUACAAAGACAAGUUUGCUCCGGAUGCUGGUAGAGACAGUACUGUACAUGGUCUCAAUAGUGCUGCAAAUUCCUCUUCUAUUUCAACUGAAGAUGAGGUGGUUGUUCAUUGCCUUGAUAAAUGUGUUGUCAGUCAAGAUAAUGGAAACUCCAAAUCAUUUCAUUUAGCAGCUACAGAAAUCCAAGAUUCUAAUUGUAAAGUAGUUGUCAAUGAAGAACGUACUCAGAAGAAUACUGUCUUUCCAAAAAUCAAGUGGGGUGAUUUAGAUGAUGGAACAUUGAUAAUGCAUUAUGGUAACACUUACGAGGCCGGAAUUAAAUUAGGUGGGAUUGAUAAUCAUAAUUUGGUCUGUAUGAAAUCUGACAGUGCUGAUGAAUCUAUUUCAUGUUCCAAAAUUGAUAGCAAGGACAACAAAUUUAUUGGGGCAAUAGUAGAUGAAAAUCAGGAUCUUCCAAAGUCUCACUCUUUCUCCCCAUUGACAAUUUCUUUUGCCAAAGACCGUAAUGGGGAGAAUGAGGUAUCUUCAGAGGAUGUGAAAGUACAAAUUACAAGUGAGAUAAUACUUAGUCAAAAUACUAUUACUUCUAAUUUCGAGGUAGAUUGUGAACAUGUUAAGAGCAAAACUGAUGACGAUUCCCAUUUGUCCGGUGAAAAUACUCCACGUGCUGCCAUUGAAGAGGUUGGAAUGAUGGAAACACUUGGUUUGAAAUCUGAAACUGGUUGCUCCAAAGAUUAUGUAGUGCCACCUGAGAAAAGUGAACAUAGAAGUGAGGCAGAGUCUAUCCCAACCAUUUCUGUGGAAGAGUCUAGGGAUCAGAAGUGUGAUUCGAUUUCUGAGGAUUUACUGGAAUCCCAAAAUUUGAAUUCUAUAGAUUCAGAUGACACGUUUGAAAGUAAAGAAAGAUUCAGGCAACGCCUUUGGUGCUUUCUCUUUGAGAGCCUUAAUAGGGCUGUAGAUGAACUCUAUCUUUUGUGUGAACUUGAAUGCGAUAAUGAGCAGAUGAAAGAGGCCAUUCUUGUUCUUGAAGAAGCUGCAUCAGAUUUUAGAGAACUGAAUUCCAGAGUUGAGGAGUUUGAGAAACUGAAAAAGUCCUCUUGUCAUGUAACUGCAGGGGCACCUUUGGUCAUGCAGUCUGAUCACCGCAGACCACAUGCCCUCUCAUGGGAGGUCCGUCGAAUGACAUCUUCACCGCACAGGGCAGAGAUACUUUCUUCAUCUCUUGAGGCUUUUAGGAAAAUACAACAAGAGAGAACUAGGGAACAUGCUAACAGUGCUGAGAAACUGGGGGCUGAUUUUUAUAGUCGCCAUUCCAGAUCAGGUAAUGUUUUGGAGAAGUAUGCUAAGAGUAGUAAUUUAGAAGGCGAUAAUUAUGCUAAGAGAAGUAAUUUAGAAGGCAAUUCUAAAGAAUCAACAGCAAAGGAAAGGAAGAGAACUGGAUUCACAAAUAACUCUCAGAGAUCAAUCAAAGAAAAGAGAAAUAUUGAGUCAGGGAAGUCUAAUUCUGCUGCAUCCAGGUUACCGAUCAAUAGGGAACUAAAUGCUGAUUCAGAAGCUGAUAGACCACUUUCUAAGAAAGAAAAAAUGUUGGCAGAACAUAGUGUGGGGAAAAAUUACAAAGCAAUUGAUUCCCUGAAAAGACAGAUUCCUUGUCUUGAGAAAGAGGGGGAAAAGAGAAAUGGGAACUCAUGGAAAUCUAUGGAUGCCUGGAAAGAGAAGAGGAAUUGGGAGGACAUACUUGGCACUCCACAUCGUGUAUCUUCCCGUUUUUCUUAUUCACCAGGCAUGGGUAGGAAAAGUGCUGAUCGUGCACGCCUUUUGCACGAUAAACUUAUGUCUCCUGAGAAGAAAAAAAAAUCAGCUCUCGACCUUAAAAAGGAAGCAGAAGAGAAACAUGCACGAGCCACUAGAAUCAGAACUCAACUUGAGAAUGAGAGAAUACAAAAGCUUCAAAGAACUUCAGAUAAACUGAACCGUGUGAAUGAGUGGCAGACUGUUCGCAGCAAUAAGUUGCGAGAGUCGAUGUUUGCUCGCCACCAGCGUAGUGAAUCCAGGCAUGAAGCAUAUUUAGCUCAGGUUGUGAGAAGAGCUGGUGAUGAAAGCAGUAAAGUUAAUGAGGUACGAUUCAUCACAUCACUAAAUGAAGAGAAUAAAAAGCUUAUAUUGAGGCAGAAACUUCAGGAUUCAGAAUUGAGAAGGGCUGAGAAACUUCAAGUGAUGAAAAUUAAACAGAGAGAGGACAUUGCUAGGGAAGAAGCUGUUCUGGAACGCAAAAGGCUCAUUGAAGCAGAAAAGUUGCAGCGUCAUGCAGAGACACAGCGAAGGAAGGAAGAAGCACAAGUAAGAAGGGAAGAAGAACGCAAAGCAUCAAGUGCAGCACGAGAAGCCAGGGCUAUGGAACAGAUGCGAAGAAAGGAGGUCCGAGCCAAAGCUCAACAGGAAGAGGCUGAACUCCUGGCUCAGAGAUUAGCCGAAAGACUCAGUGAAAGUGAACAGCGACGCAAGUUUUAUCUUGAACAAAUACGUGAAAGAGCAUCAAUGGAUUUUAGGGAUCAAUCUUCACCUUUAUUGCGGCGCUCUGUGAAUAAGGAUGGGCAAUCUCAAGGCAGAUCUACUCCAAAUGGUAAUGGAGAAGAUUAUAAGGUAAACAAUAGUGGUUGUACAGGAGGCUCAAGUAUUGCGACUGGCAAUGAGUCGUUGCGUAACUCGUUGAAGCGAAGAAUUAAAAAAAUUCGACAAAGACUUAUGUCACUAAAACAUGAAUUUUCUGAGCCUUCUGUUGGUGUUGAAAAUUCUGGGAUAGGCUAUAGGACUGCUGUGGGAACUGCAAGGGGAAAAAUUGCCAGAUGGCUUCAGGAACUGCAAAAACUUCGCCAAGCAAGAAAAGAAGGUGCUUCUACUUUUGGACUAAUAACUGCUGAAAUAAUCAAGUUCUUGGAGGGAAAGGAUGCUGAGCUGCAGGCUUCUCGCCAAGCUGGUUUAAUAGAUUUCAUUGCUUCUGCUCUACCUGCUUCUCACACAUCAAAACCUGAAGCCUGCCAGGUUACAAUAUACCUUUUAAGACUUCUGAGGGUAGUGCUUGUAGUGCCAGCAAACCGGAGUUAUUUUCUUGCACAAAAUCUCUUGCCCCCAAUCAUCCCCAUGUUGGCUGCCGCAAUUGAGAAUUAUAUUAAAAUGGCAGCAUCAUCAAAUAUCCGUGGUUCUACCAACUUUAUCUCAAGUAAAACAUCGGUUAGAAAUUUGGAGACUAUUUCUGAAAUUUUAGAUGGUUUUCUAUGGUCCGUGGCAGCAAUUAUCGGUCAUGUAAGCUGUGAUGUGCGCCAACAUCGAAUGCAGGAUGGUCUAUUAGAGCUUGUUAUUGAGUACCAAAUUAUUCACCGGCUAAGGGAUCUUUUUGCACUAUAUGAUAGGCCACAGGUGGAAGGUUCGCCUUUUCCUUCAUCUAUUCUCCUAAGUAUAAAUUUGUUGACUGUUCUGACUUCCAAAUUUGGAGAAGUGUCCUCAAUAGAUUGGGAAUCUUUUCCAAAUGCAACGAUGCCAGGAAAAACACCUGGGGAAGCAAAACUUUUUGAGGCUGCAACCUCAAGGUCUUCCACUUCAUGCGAUUCUAUUGGAUAUAAUAGUUCACCUUUUCUGCCGACUGGUAGCAUACCUGUAAAUUUGCCAGAUGUACCAGAGGAUAGGCCACUAGACAAUAUUCCAGUACUCAUUGACAAUAAAUCACAUAGAAUUGAGUGUAUUAGCUAUAAGAUCAAAACUCUAGAGGUCAUGGACGAGUCUCCAAUAAUUCCUACAGAUGAUAAAACUGAGGGUUCCGUCCCUCAGAAAGAUGGAAAGAACUCUUCAAGCAGUGAUGCAGAAAAAAAGAAUGCAAAUGACUUUGGCUUAAAGCAGCCUGUAGCCUUUCUUCUCUCAGCAAUGUCUGAGACUGGUUUAGUCUGUCUUCCUUCCAUGUUAACUGCUGUGCUAUUGCAGGCUAAUAACCGGUUAUCUGCUGAACAGAGUUCAUAUGUCCUUCCAUCUAAUUUUGAGGAAGUGGCGACUGGAGUGCUGAAGGUGUUGAACAAUCUGGCAUUAAUUGAUAUUACUUUCAUACAGAAAACACUAGCUCUGCCUGACCUUAAAAUGGAGUUCUUUCACUUGAUGAGUUUUCUUCUUUCUUAUUGCACAAGCAAGUGGGAAAUAGCUACUGAUAAGAUUGGUCAGCUUUUGCUGGAAUGUUUGGUUCUUCUUGGAUACUUUGCCUUGUUCCAUCCUGAGAAUCAAGCUGUCCUUCGCUGGGGAAAGAGCCCAACCAUCCUUCACAAGGUCUGCGAUUUGCCUUUCAUGUUCUUUAGUGAUCCUGAGUUGAUGCCAGUAUUAGCCGGCACAUUAGUGGCUACCUCAUUUGGAUGUGAACAGAACAAGGAGGUUAUUCAGCAGGAACUCAGUGUGGACAUGCUCCUUUCCUUGCUCAAAUCAUGCAAAAACAGUCAGUGCAUUUCGACCUUAAACAGCACACCAGCAGAAGACUCUGGUGAAUCUAACCCUACUGCUCUUGAAUUUAGAAAACUACCGGUUGAUGCAUCUCAGAAAUCAUUCCGAAACAAUCUAAGAAGCAGUCGAGGAGUUCCUCAGAGAGGGUUUUUGCCACCUAAUAAUACGAGAACAAUGAAGGUGAGAAACCUGAAAGAAAACAAAGCUGUAAAGCUUUGUGAAGAGACGUGUUUGGGGUCUAGUCAAUCUUCGUCUGAAACUUCUGCCUUAAUGUUGAGAUUUCCCAUGAGCUUCAUCAAUAAAGCAGAGCAGUUUUUUGCAGCUGAAACAACCGGGCUAAGCGAAGGUGAUUAUUGA